AUGAAGUCAAUCCUUUGUUUAACAGCUCUCAGCAUACUUGCCGCUACUCUCCAGGCUCUGCCAGAUAUUGUUGCAAGAACCCAACAAGGCAUAUUUUAUGGUGUCACAGUCCAUGACAAAGUAGAUGCCUAUCUUGGGAUUCCAUAUGCCAAACCUCCCGUCGGCGACCUUCGAUUCCGCCCUCCACAGCCUCUUGACAUCGGUGACGAACAUAUAAUCCGCGAUGCAACUCAAUUUGGUUCUGUGUGCUACCAGUUUCGGUAUAAGACCGUGUUGGGAGACAAUCUGGCACCAACUACCCCCGAAUCAGAAGACUGCUUGUCACUGAACAUCUUCACGCCACGAGGACGUCCAAAAUCCAAAUUGCUGCCAGUUUUGGUCUGGUUAUACGGGGGUGCUUUCAAUGAGGGAGGGGCCAGUGUUCCAUUAUUUAACCCUACGGGCCUCGUCGCGAACCAGCCCGAUAUCAUCGUUGUUACUUUGAAUUACCGUCUCAACGUGUUCGGAUUUCCCAACUCUCCCGCGAUUCCAAUCGACCAGCAGAACCUUGGUAUUCGAGACCAGCGAGCCGCAUUGGAGUGGCUGCGCGAGAACCUCGCAACAUUCGGUGGCGAUCCAGCCAGAAUCACACUUGGCGGCCAAUCUGCAGGUGCGGACUCAGCUGCGCUGCUAACCUAUGCAUUCAAGGAUGACCCGAUCGUGCAAGGUCUGAUCCUGCAGAGCGGGAUUCCAGAAUAUGUCGGACCCCAGGAUGAUUUUGUGUUCAUUAAGGCAGCAGAGAGAGUCGGAUGCAGAAAUGCUGCGAACAGAACUAGUGAGCUAAAUUGCAUGAAAUCUGUCCCUGCGUCAAUUCUGCACAGAGCGCUUUCCAACCUUACCGUGAACCCGUUCGGUACGACUGGAGGAGCCCCGAUGAUUGAUAAUAUCACCUUUUUUUCCGCCGAGGAAUAUCGCCGCCUUGGCUCGGUUGGCUCGUUCGCCAAUGUGCCUGUCCUGAUGGGCAUUACGAACAACGAAGGUGACGGGGCUCUGAACUGGUCUGAAAAAGGCGUCAAUAAGACCCUUUCGGACAUCCUCACAACCACAUAUUUCAAUUGUCCCAUGUCUCAAGAAGCCUUUUUCCGUACGAAGCAUCAGGUUCCAGUGUGGCGGUAUCGCUAUAUGGGAGUCUUCCCAACAGUGACAUUCUUCUCAUGGCUAGGAUCUUACCAUCAAGCGGACAUUGCACUCGCAUUAGGGUCAUACAGGCAUCUCAAGCCUCACAAAAAACCGCAGUGGUACGAACUGGCCGCCAGCGAUUACCUCCAAGAAGCGUGGGCGGCAUUCAUCAAGUCUCCGAGGGAUGGAUUGGCAAGGAAGAUGGGUUGGCCGAUGUACAACCCGAAUGGUAUAGUCCCUAUCCUUUGUUGUCUCUCUCUAGCCCAGUUUCCGUAUGCUGAAGACCACUCUGUAGGCACAACGCUGGUCGAACUCUUCGCUAAUAACACCCCGACUGCCCGUCUCCGAGACCCGGCUGAUUUUGAUGCUAUUUGCUCUCAUCCACCUCCAAUUCCGUCCGACAUCUGGUCCCAAAGCCCUCCUUGA